CUGGAUUAGCCCCACCUACUUUUGUAAUUCAUAUUUCAGGGCUGCUCCAGCUUGCUUGCUGUGUUUCUUUCCAAGCUCAGGUCAAUAUUAUCUAAGAAGGAGCCAUGUCUACUGAGGCAGUAGCUGAUAUUGCACUCAUUGGCCUUGCUGUUAUGGGUCAGAAUAUCAUCCUCAACAUGAAUGAUCAUGGAUUUGUUGUCUGUGCUUAUAACAGAACUACAGAGAAAGUUGACAAGUUUCUUGCAAAUGAAGCUAAAGGCACUAAUAUAGUUGGGGCUAAGAGUCUGGAGGAAAUGGUAGCCAAGUUGAAGAAGCCAAGACGAGUGAUGAUGCUAGUGAAAGCUGGUUCAGCUGUGGACUCAUUCAUUGAGCAGCUGGUCCCACUCCUGGAGAAAGGAGACAUUAUUAUUGAUGGAGGGAAUUCUGAAUACACCGACAGUCAACGUCGUUGUAAAACAUUAUCUGACAAAGGGUUCUUGUUUGUUGGUUGUGGAGUGAGUGGAGGAGAAGAAGGAGCAAGAUAUGGUCCCUCUCUAAUGCCAGGAGGUUGUGCUGGAGCCUGGCCUCACGUGAAGGACAUAUUCCAGGCCAUAUCUGCUAAAGUGGGCAGUGAUCCUUGCUGUGAUUGGGUUGGGUCUGACGGAGCAGGCCAUUACGUGAAGAUGGUCCACAAUGGAAUUGAGUAUGGGGACAUGCAGCUGAUCUGUGAAGCUUAUGACUUGAUGAAGAAUGGCCUUGGUUUAUCUAAUGAUGAGAUGAGUAAAGUGUUUGCUGAUUGGAACAAAGGAGAACUGGACUCAUUUUUGAUUGAAAUAUCCUCAGAAAUAAUGGCCUUCAAAGAUAAAGAUGGUGGGCCAUUGGUUGAAAAGAUAAGAGAUGCUGCUGGUCAAAAAGGAACUGGUAAAUGGACAGCAAUUUCUGCUCUUGAUAAAGGGAUGCCAGUGACACUGAUUGGUGAGUCUGUUUUUGCAAGAUGUCUCUCUUCUCUAAAAGACGAGAGGACAGCAGCUAGUAAAGUAUUCCCAGCUCCAUCGGUUGACCUCUCAAAGUAUAAAUCAAAUACAAAGGAAUACAUUGAGCAGAUCAGACAGGCUCUGUAUGCGUCAAAAAUAAUAUCCUAUGCCCAAGGUUUCAUGCUGUUAAAGGAAGCGGCUAAGACCUACAACUGGGAACUGAACUAUGGGUCCAUUGCCUUAAUGUGGAGGGGAGGCUGCAUCAUAAGGAGCCGUUUCCUUGGUAACAUUAAGGAGGCCUUUGAUAAGAAUCCUUCUCUACAGAACCUGCUAAUGGACGAUUUCUUUAAAAAUGCAAUUUUGUCCUGUCAAGUCUCAUGGAGGAAAGUGAUUGGGAUGGCGGCUGAGAUUGGAGUCCCUACUCCUGCCUUUAGCUGUGCCCUUGCCUUCUUUGAUGGAUACAGGUCUGAGCGUCUACCUGCUAAUCUAAUACAGGCCCAAAGGGACUACUUUGGUGCCCAUACCUACGAGCUAUUGUCCAAUCCUGGUACAUUCAUUCACACCAAUUGGACUGGGAGAGGAGGAGACGUGUCUGCUUCGACUUAUUCUGCCUGAGACUAUAACUGACCUCUCUCUCAGCUUUAUUGUUUGAUUUUAUAUUCUAGCAUGUUCUUUUGUUGUAGUUUUAGCAAAUUUUAGUUCAA